AUGGGUUCAGCUUUCUCAACUAUUCGAUGGGAAUCGCCAACCGGAGGUAAAUUCCGUAUUUACUCGAGGUUUUACGAUGUAUAUGGAUUAGCAAACUGGAAACCCGUCGAAGUGCAGGAAAGGAUCAUCGGUCAUCCGGCAUUUGAGCGGGUCGGGGGAUGUCUUGUGAUGGUAGAAUUAAAGCCUAACGGAACACACGAGAUCGAAUUUCGUAAAGAGAAACAAUGGACAGCUAAACAAGUCAAAUUUCUUGAUUGUGCUUUAGAUGGUCUGCCCGCGCCCUACCAUUGGUGGGGAUUAGUGAUUAUUCGUCCCCACUUGAGAAUCGCAAAAGAAGCAGCCGAUAAGAUUGCUUCGGCCAAAUCCGUUGUUCGUGCUGUACCCUCUCCUGCAUUUAUACCUGCACCUGCACCUCUACCUGUUAUAGCUAAGGAGAAAAAGGAGACGAAGAAAGUUACCAUCUCCGAAGAGAAGGUCAUCGAAUCGCCCAAGGAAGCUGAUUUGGGAGAUAAGGAAAUGGUCCCCAUCGAAGCCAAGAAAGCUGAAGAGACAGUUACAGUUGAGAAAGCCACAGAACCGGCGGUAAAGGAAGGUGGAGUACCGCAAGAUCCACCAAGCGCUUCAUCAGGGGGAAAGAAGGGCAAGAAGAAGGCCAAAGAGUGA